AAUUGAAGAUGAUGAAUCAAUAGAUUGUUUUGAUGGUAUUGAUAGUAGCUAUUUAAGGUCUGGUGAAGCUAAUAUGUUGAAUGAAGCUGUUGAGAAUAAAGUUAGAUGUGAGUUAGGAAGUGAGGAAUGUUCAGAAAAAUUUGUGUGUAGUAGUAAGAAAGGAAAGGAUUACGCAGGUUGUUCUUUGUGUACAGCUUUGAGGUCAUAUAAGUAUAGUCCAGGUGUUACUUAUA